UAUCCUACCUAACCAAAGAGAAAGAGAACGAAGUUUACAUUGACUGUAACAUCCUUAUUUCAAAGGUAUAGGAAAUGUUCAGGCUGGUUUCCUUUUUUUACAACAGAUGAUAUAUAUCUUUUGUUAUUUUGCCACCUAUCUUUUAGAUAUCAGUAUUACAAAAUGUGUUUCCUUAACAAAACUGUAUUGAAAGUCAUAGUGUGAACUCAGUAUUGCUGGGAACAACAUAUCAUGUUUCCUUUGUCUAUCAGUUUCUGUGUUAAAUUGUUGGAUGUCAAUUGUCAUCAAAGUUUUCCUCAUCUUACAAGGCGUGUUUUAAAUUGAAAUUACAUUUAAUGCUUUUGGGGGUACUUUGAGGAAGCUGCAGGCAGUGUCUAUAUAGGACUGAUUGGCUUGUGUUUGUUCAAACGAUGGUGUAUGGAGCCUUGACAUUAUUGGUUACUAAGGAAAUGAUUAGACUGGAUGUAGGUGGUGGAGAUUGUGUAAUAUGUCUCUUGAAUUAUUUGCUUUUGCCAAAUCAGUCCGAUGUGAUAAGUAGGUGACAAUGGUUCCAUCGUGAGGGAGAGGCUGAUAUUUUCCUGUCGGCCAUGAUGGAAUGGGAAGAUGAAACACUUGACAGAUACGGAAAUGGACGAGUUGGCGAAAAACUAUGAACGGGUCCUGCUUACUCCGUUUGGAUUGCUGGACAAGUUGCUGAUUGUGUGUCCCAAUGUUGAUUAUUGUGAAGACGUGUUACAGCGCUCUGAUCUUGAAGCUCACCUCCUUCACAGAUGUCGAGGUGCAGUGACGCGGUGUAUCAAGGCCAGUCUGGGAUGCACGUUUCAGGGUCCACGCAGUGCCUUACAGAGCCACCUGUGGGAAUGUCCAUACAAGGACCAACAUGCAGGUCAGAACCCAGUGGUGGAGGGAGAGGUGUCCACCAUCGAGAUCCAGAUGGACACGCACAACGCCUCCCCCGGCAAACACAGUCAGGACCUGGGAAUCAGUGUCGUUGGGGGAUGUGAUACGCCAUUGGUAUGCACGGUGAUACAGGAAGUCAUCAAGGGGGCAGUGGUAGACAAAGAUGGCCGACUGUUGCCAGGCGACCAGAUUCUGGAGGUGAAUGGCGAAGACCUGACACAAGCCACACACCUGCAGGCGGUGCGAGCGUUGAGUGAGUGCUUCCCCCUGUGUCGCCUCACAGUGUACAGGGAGAGGGCAGAGGAGAGCAGGCCGAUUGAGAAAGAGGAAAUAUUGAAGAUUACUUUGGUGAAGGUUCAGACAAAGCAGCUUGGUAUUCGUCUGGUUGGGAAACGGAAUGGUCCCGGUGUGUACAUUUUGAACUUGAUCCCGGGCAGUACCGCAGCGUAUGAUGGCCGCCUGAAGCCGGACGACCGUCUGCUGGAGAUCAACUGUCAGGACAUCUCGUAUGGCACACAGGAACAGGCUGCCCAUCUGAUACAAACUAGUCAAGAUAGAGUGCAGUUUGUGGUUUCUCGGAAGAGUCGGCCACAGACUCCGGAUCUGAUCCGUUCUACCUCAAACGACACUGCCAAGUGUAGUGCUACCUUCGACUGUGAUAGCAUGGAGAACCCCAUGAAGGUCCAGUGCAAGGAACGCAUGAUCAGCCUCGCCAAGGACCCCUCUGAGAGCCUAGGUGUGAGUGUAGCUGGUGGUUUGUCCAGUUUCCGUGGUGACACGCCAGUGUAUGUCACGAACAUCAACCACAAGGGAUGUCUGGGGCGUAGUCGCCAGCUCAAGAAAGGUGACCUGCUCCUGUCCAUUGGCGGUAUCAACCUGCUGGGGCUGACCCACAGCGAGGCGGUGAAGCAGCUCAAGGUCCAGUCAGAGACCAAGCUGCUGAUGAUGAAGGUGAUCGAGGGUCCGGAGGAUGUAGAGGAGGGGGCACAGAACUUCGUCCCCAACUGGCUGUUCUGGCUCCGCCUACCCAGAGCGUGCCAGUUGCUCAAGACGAUUACGUUACUGCGAAGCCCGUCAGGGAGCCUGGGGUUCUCCAUUGUUGGUGGGUGUGACAGCAGCCAUGGUCAGAUGCCCAUCUUUGUCAAGUCCAUCGUUCCUGAGACCUCCGCGGCCAAGGAUGGGAGGUUAAAAUGUGGUGAUAUGAUCAUGAGCGUCAACGAACACAGCUUACAGAACAUACAACACAGCAAGGCUGUUGAAAUUCUCAAGCUGAUAGAUGGCGCUGUGACGCUCACAGUCGUGUCAUGGCCAGGAACUCUUGCUUAAUGAACAAGAAAUAAUUGUGACUCUCAGUUUGGUGCUGUUUGUGCUUCAUGCACACUGUGAUCUAGGGGGGCCAGUUUCAGAAGAAUAACCCACGACUUGUUUCAGGAGAAUAGUAUAUGGCCAGUUUCAGAAGAAUAACCCACGACUUGUUUCAGGAGAAUAGUAUAUGGCCAGUUUCAGAAGAAUAACCCACGACUUGUUUCAGGAGAAUAGUAUAUGGCCAGUUUCAGAAGAAUAACCCACGACUUGUUUCAGGAGAAUAGUAUAUGGCCAGUUUCAGAAGAAUAACCCACGUCUAGGUUCAGGAGAAUAGUAUAUGGCCAGUUUCUGAGGAAUAGCAAAUGACUUAAUACAGGCUGAAAGAGAUGGCUUGUUUUAAAAGAAUAACCUAUAACGUGCUUCAGGAGAAUAGUAUAUGGCAAGUUUCAGAAGAAUCAUGUGUUGUUCCAGGAGAAUGUAUGUGGCCAGUUUCAGAAAACUUAUUUCCAGACAUUUGGAUGUAUUACAGUUUCAAGGAAUAAAACUUCACAUGUUUCUGAAUAAAAACAGAAGUAGCUGUUUCCAGAAAGUUAAAAGUUUCAACGACUUUUACCAUACUUGCAACAAUUAUGAAAACAUUUUCUGAUUCACAACCCAUUUUCCAGUAAAAAAGGUAGUGGGAUUUCAGAGGCUCAAUUCUGCAAGUUUUGGAAUUUAAUGGACAGUAAAAUUUAGGGCAUCCACUAUCAUUACUCACCCCAUAUUCUCUCAAAGAAAAUAUAUCUGGAGUAUACUUGACCUUCAGUGACUUGAAGGGUUUGAUUCAUAUGGCUUUCUGAACAACUCAUUGUUAUGUUCAAAGAAUGGAAUGAUUCUUGUGUGAAAUGCACUAAAACUUGAUCAGCUGUUCAAAGACACAAGUGCGAAGAAUCAAGAUUCUUCAUCUAUGCCGCGCCAGUGACCAACAAAAACCACUUUCGAAGUCGUGAACAUUCACACACAGUGAAGGAAUAGACUACGUAAUGCAACUGAAUUCCAGUCAUCAUGUGAAUGAUUCAAUGAUUCAGCUCAAACUAGAUCACAGACUUGUCGGGAGUUUUAGAAAAUAAGAUUUGCCCACUGUGAAGUUUUGUGUCAUCGACAAUACUCCAUGGGAGUUUUCACUUCACUGAGGAAGUUUUUUAUACAUGUUCUUUUUCUGUUUAUUGACCUUUAGCCUUUAUGGGUCAUACGUCGUCUUCAUUUUUUUAC